AUGGAAUAUGUGCCGACUCUCAUCCGUGCGUGUUUGGUGCUACACUGGAACUCCAAUGAUGAAUUCUUCAAAUUCACGCGUGGUCGGUUUAUUGUCGAUGAGGCAGAUAAUCUUCGAAGGCGAGAGAUCAAAUUCGACUUGAACAGGCUCGCAAGAGUCGCGGCGGACUCGGUCGGGGCGGCUCAAUGCAUUUCUAUCAAGAAGUACCCCGACGGCAUGUUCAACAAAACAUUUCUUAUGACCAUGAACGAUGGUCGAGAAGUCGUAGCUAAGGUACCUAAUCCGAAUGCUGGCGUUCCACACUUCACCACGGCUAGUGAAGUCGCCAUAAUGGACUUCGCUAGUAAAGUUCUUGACACCCCAGUGCCGUAUGUCCACGCAUGGAACUCGCAAGCAAAGUUGCAUCCUGUUGGGGCUGAAUUUAUUAUCAUGGAUAAAGUCGAGGGUGUGCCACUGGCUCAAGUCUGGAGCACGAUGCAACUACAGCAGAGGCUUAAAGUUAUUCUCGCCAUGACAGGUCUGCAGAAGCAAUGGCUGAGCGUUUCAUUCUCGCAUUACGGCAGCCUAUACUACGCCGGAGACCUACAGUCCCCACAAGGCAACCACUAUGUUAAGGAUGGCAUGGUCAUUAAAGAUUCAGAGUUUGCUAUUGGGCCGGCUACUGGUCGAGAUUGGUUUGAUGCGGGCAGAUCAAGUUUGGAUAUUGAAAGAGGACCAUGGGUUUCUCUAACGCAGUAUCUGCAAGCCGUUGGUACGCGAGAGAUUAAAGCAAUCCAGUAUCUGAAACCACCAAAACAGAUUGCUUUAUUCUGUGGUCCAAAACUCUACCAACCCAACGCGGAAAAGAAGCUUGCUGCGUUAUCAUGGUACCAAAAGAUCGUUGAUGCCCUUAUCCCAAAGGAUACCUCUAUCACCAACUCAUGCCUCUGGCAUAAUGAUUUGCAUGAUGACAACAUCUUUGUAGACCCACAUAACCCCGGAAAGAUCACAGGUAUCAUUGACUGGCAGUCUUGUCACAUCUCACCCCUCUUCAAUCAUAAUCCCGAUCCAGCUUUCCUCGACUGGGAUGGCCUUGAGCCUGAGACGCUCGACCUAGUACCAAGGCCGACACUAUCUGGGCUUUCCCCCGAAGGACGGUCCGCGGCUAUACGCGAGUAUACAAUUCAAAACGUUUUCAUUGGAUGGCGAAAACUCAUGCAUGCUAAAAAUCCAGACUUACAUCGGGUAGUCGAAUUCCGAAAGACCGCGGCGUACGGACUGAUAUUUCUUGCUCACCGUAUGUUCGAAUACGGCGAGGCGCACUUCCUAUCGCUUUUAGUCGAUCUGAAAGACACGUGGGCGGAGUUACCUGGGGUCACUAGCGACACUCCAUUCCCGUUUGACUUUUUGGAAACAGAUUUCGAGCGCAUCAAGCUUGACAGCGAUGAUGCGAUAGCAGGAACUGAGCUUGUGUCUGAGAUCAAGGAGAAAAUGGGCGAUUUGUGGCCCGACAAAGGCUUCGUUGAACACGAGCGAUACGAUGAUUGCAAAGCUGCCCUCGACGAAGUCAAAGAUCAGAUACUAGAGCAAUUGGCUGAGACUGACGAGGAAAAAGCUGAGUAUCAGCGUUAUUGGCCAUUUGAAUGA